CCGAAACCCUAAUUUUCUCACUCACUCAUUCCCGCCCGUUCUCCACCCCGUCAGGCCCGCAUCUCUCUGCUCAGGGCUUGCAUCUCGCGCUGCCUUCCUUCCGCGUGCCUUCGUUGUGCACAGGCAGGAUCGUCUCACGCGACGUGACUGCCGAGUGCUUUACACUCACAUUGUAGUUCCAUUACUGUCGCGUUGGAGUUUGCCGAGCUGAGCAGUCCGUCGAGGAUGUGGAUGCUGGUUUUUCCUCAAUCCGGGCUUCGCACUCUCUCGGAGCUGCUCUAGGUUGUGGCGUUCCGUCUAGGAUUCUUGUCUGGCAGCGUCUAGGUCCAGCUAGUUGAACUAGCACAAUGAGCGAGCUCCCGAGUUCAAGUAAUGGAGGCGAAGGCCGUGUUGUGGCAAGAAUUUCCGUGAAAGACCGCCUGGGUCCUCUUCCAUCGUCGUUCAAGCGCCGGGAUAGAAGCGCCGAAAGGCCCAAUUACAGACGAGGACGAAAAUCCUCAAAAUUUGCGAAAGCAACACCUACUGAUAUGUCCGACGGUUCCAAACCUGCGGAGAAGAGAAUACCCGUGCGGGAUCGAUUAGGUCCUCUCCCUGCAGAAGACCAAUCUUUCGAUACGAAGAAAUAUCAAGUGCAUCUGAUUAACCGUCAGGAUAAGGUUUGGAAACUCCAUCCGGACAAGGAUGGGCUAUCACAGCAACCCGAGAGCAAGGAGGUGGAACCGAAUCUGACUAGCCUGGCAUCACAGGAUUUCAAGUCAGUAAAAGCCCCUUUUCCCUUAGCUUCUCUUCCUCCUUCUCAACCGUUCAAUGUCGAGCAACAUCGAAAAGCUUGGACAUGGGUGAGACCAUCAAGCAAUGCUACUUCGAUGGACGUCGACCAAUCCUCAUGAACAGAUUGACUCAAUGCAGUAGCUCCUGACUUUGUACUAUGCCUUCUAGUAUCACGAGAGAUUCAGUUAUGACGGCAUUUGUCCUUCCUUUUUUCUUCUGGGAGAUUCUCUACGCAGCCUUUUCCCGUCAUGUACAGGAUGAUACUUGGAAUAUUUAUCAUGGAAUAGGAUGAACAUAGUCUAACUUGUUUUGUUACCAUUUGUACCACGCUUGACAGUGCAUAGAAUUUUUACCCGAGGUAUUUAUUCUACAGGAAGCUUAUGGCAAUGGAGUCAACAGUAUUUGGAAUCCUUUUUGUUUUGAGGGAUUUCUUAGGUUUCCAUAAGAUAUCAAAAAAUGUGGAGUUUGGCAGAGUCUGUUCACUGAGAAUGAGUAACACUAUUUUGUGACUGAGGAUGCGCAGGUGUGGUGGUGAUGUUGACAGAGAGAAGCUAAAUGCCGUGUGCAAGUUUGAGAGGGCAUGUUGUGACUCAAUCUUUCGUCAAUGAAACAUGCCCUAUUCCAAUGGA